GGAACCUGGUGGUGGCGGCGGGGGUGGGCAGGGAGCAGGGCAGCCGGGAGAUGAGGCGGCGGCGGCGGCGCGGUACCUGAGCCUCCCGGUAGAAGAUGGUCGUGGGGAAAAGGCGACGAUCAGAGAGGAAGGCUUGGAUGUUUUCCCCUUUCAUUUUUGAAACAGCCCAGAUUUCCUAAAUGAAUGAAGCGAAAUACCAAUUGCGCUAGGAUUGUAUAAAUUCUGGAGAAUCAUAGAUUUUGCAGCCUUUCCUCCCUAAGCAACCAAACUGGAAAAUAUUGCUGGAUAUCCAAGAUUAGUUUCAAGACAGUAAUCUUCUCUAUGCUUUAAGUAUUUCAAGACUCUGGAAGAGAAUUGUGUGCAUCAUGUUGAAUUGUGGAAAUUAGGUGCCAAAACACCAAGAAUGAGUGUCACUUCGUGGUUCCUGGUGAGCAGCUGUGGCUCUCGCCACCGACUCCCAAAAGAAAUGAUUUUUGUUGGGCGAGAAGAUUGUGAACUAAUGCUUCAGUCUCGCAGUGUAGACAAGCAACAUGCAGUAAUCAACUAUGACACAGCAACAGAUGAGCAUCGGGUAAAGGACCUUGGAAGUCUAAAUGGGACGUUUGUAAAUGAUGUGAGGAUUCCUGACCAAAUUUACGUAACACUAAAAGUGAAUGACACUGUUCGAUUUGGAUAUGAUUCUAACAUGUAUAUGUUGGAAAAAAGUACUCACAGAGUUCCUGAAGAAGCCCUAAAGCAUGAGAAAUACACCAGUCAGCUUCAGAUACACGUGAAAGCAGCAGAAGAUAAGAAAGUGGAACAAUCUGAUAUGGUGCAGGACCACUCAAGUACAAAAUUGGAGUCACCAAGGCAAAAUCUUGAAAAGACUGAAAAGAAAGAUGGUGGCACGAUUAGACCCACUCCUCUGUAUGGCCAACCAUCGUGGUGGGGAGAUGAUGAUGUGGAUAACAAAGGAGAAAGAGGUGAAUUGAAGAAAACUGAUUCCAUGAAAGAUAAUUCCAAAGAAAUCCCACGAAGUGAACAGGAAAUUAAUGGAAACCUUCCAGAUUAUAAAGAUUUUGGAGAUAAAUCUGUCUAUUCAUUCCGAAGGGAGCCCAGCUACUUUGAAAUUCCAACAAAAGAAUUUCAACAGCCGUCCAAGUCUCCGGACAGUGAAGUUCAUGAAAUUCCAACAAAGGACACUGAUACAAUUCCGUCUCCGCGAGUUCAUAGUCAUGCUUCCUUUACUAUUGAGUUUGAUGAUUGCACACCAGGCAAAAUGAAAAUAAAGGAUCAUGUGACCAAAUUUCCUUUGAGACAGAAAAAGGCUCAACAGUUAGAAAAAGUCCCUGUACAAGGUGAUGCACUGUCAGCAGAGAAUAAAGUGGUUGAUUGGCUGGUUCAGAAUGACCCAAGUUUGUUGCUGAAAAGGCAGACACCAAGGGAUAUUUACAGCACCAAGAGUGAUCAACAGGUUCAUAUAAAGACACUAAAAGGUUGUAGACAUGAAGAUGGUACUCAAAGUGACUCCGAAAAUCAAAUUGCUCCUAAACAACAGGAAAAGGGAGACUCAUCCCUGGAUUCACCUCCAAGGCAAAUACAGAUUUACAGUGAUGGUAAAAUGUAUGAACUCCAACAUGACCAACAAGAUAUGCCCGUGGGUCAACAAGCUUUUGUUAUUGAAUUCUUUGAUGAUGAUAAUCCUCGUAAACGUAGAGCACACUCUUUUACUCAAAAUGCAAAUGCCAUGCACAAUGAUUCUUAUAUCGCUCUUAGAGCUAAACUAGAAAAGCGUAAAGGCACCUCAACCAGUGAGAAAGUGUCAGUACAGCAAGCACACUCUUUAGUGCAAAUGAGCAAGCCUACAGCUAGUUCAUCACUUCCCCAAAGGUCUAAUUCACUGAAGAGGGAAAAGACUGAAGAACGAUUUAGCACCUCUGCUUCUUCUAGCUGCAAAGGUUCACUUCGGAGUUUUGGGAGUGUGGGCCGAAAGAGUAAACUCAGCCAGGAGUUUGCUGCUGAGCUGUUGAAAGAAACUGCAAAAAGUGUUAAGGUGGAUAAACCUCCAGAUCCUAUUCCUGUGGCAGUUACACGUGUGCCGGUGUCACCUCCUUCACCAGAGACAUUGGUAUCACCAUUAACACCUACAACAAAGGCAUCCUCAAAGCCAGCAGAUUCACCAAAGCCAAACUCCAGACAGGGUGAUCAAGAUAGUUUAAGUGACACUGGCACAUAUACUAUUGAAACAGAUACACAAGACAAAGAGGUUGAAGAGGCUCGGAAAAUGAUUGAUCAGGUAUUUGGUGUUUUUGAAUCACCUGACUUUACUGGAAUUAAUUCAGAAAUUUAUAGACCUGUAAUCGGUGGCAAAGAUUCUCCUACACAAAGGGAUGAGGAUAAUAUAUGUUAUCAAAAUACUAGCACUAUUUACCAGCAAGCACCUACGUUACAGGCAAAUCGCACUACAGCCAUUACUGGCUCUGAUACUGUGCCACAGAUGCGUCCUGUUGGCCCCAUAGCCCAUGGAAAGCAGAAGUGGGUCUCGAGGUGGGCAAGUCUUGCUGAUGGCUAUAAUGGUUCUGUGCCAAUUAGUGGAAUCCAUGACCUUCAACAGGGAAAAGAUGCAGCUAUAGUUGAUAUUGGAAUUUACGGCAAGAGUGUCGAAACUCUAGAUUCAGAUGCAGCGUCAACAACUAGUCAGUCAUCUCGAAAACGUCGGACUCUCCCACAAUUGCCACCCAGUGAAAAACUUGAUACUCCAAGAUCAAAAGAUUACCUUCAGCCACGUUCUCCUCCUAGCUCGGAAUCAAUAAAGAAAUUAGAAAUGGAUUUGCGCUCCUUUCCACAGCCUCAGGAAAAAUUGUUUAUUUGUGAAGACAAAGACUUGGACCCUGACAGUCUGAGUGAUGAUGAUAAGUCUGACGAUUCUUCCCAUGUUACAAAAGGGAAGAGUAGGAAGUAUAGAAUUUCCCGGGUUACUAGAAGAAUACACCAAGAGCAUACAUGGAAUGAUCAGGGAACAUUUGACAUAUCUGAAGGUGUAUCACAGAUGACUGAUGCAUACACACAAAGUACAGCCAAAGAGCAUUUAGACUCUAAAAGUGGCAAUAAAUGCUUCUCAGAGCAUGAUCUGAAAUCUUCCUAUAGUAGCACGAAAGAAAAAAAAUCAGAAAGCUCCACUAAACAAACUUCAGUGACCAAAAUGACAUUAGCGAGCUUUGAGAGAAAGAUGAAAGAACAAGAGUUUAGCUCAAAAUCUUGCAAUAUUUCAUCCUCUACAAGAUGGUCAACUGUCCCAGAUACUAGCAAGGCUGCUGUGGAAAGCACGGAUGCAAUCAGCACCACAAGUAAAACAACUCAAAUAAACAAUAGAAGCCCUUCCCAGGAAAGAAAAAAGACUUCAACAAAAGAUUCUCGAGUAUCUGUUAUCAGACAAGAAAGUUUUACUAAAGACAGACCAAGUAUUGAUACUGCAACAUAUAAAAUUCCUAAUAUUUCAAGCCGUUUGUCAGUUAAAGAUCAUGCAAGAGCCUCCCACAGGACAGAAUGCACAGAGGACACGCAUCUCAUUCUGAAAGAUACAGAAGCUGCAAUGGCAGCCUUAGAAGCACGACUCCAUUCUCAAGAUAUCCAUAUUAGUCAACAAGAAAGUAGUUCCCAUAUCCAAGGUGAUUCCUACUCUGGAGAAUCAGAUAAUGAUACAACAAGUUCUGUCAGUUUGAAAAGUAAGAAUACCACUAGUUCUGUGCAGAAACAGAAGAAGAUCAGUAGCACGCCCAAAGGGAAAGCAGCUGCAUCAGUUCAAGACCAUCCACACCAAGCUAAUGCUCGGGAACGACUGUCUGAGAAACGCCGAGGCCAGCUUCUGGAUACAGCCAAUAAACCAGACUACAGUCGCCGUUUCCAGCUGAAACGCAGCACAGGAUCACGUGGCUCCACAGAUUUCACAGAUGACGAGAGGUCUUCUAGCCUUCCAUAUUUACCGAUAACCGAUGCACACUCUUCUGACCAGGAGCAUUCUCAGACCAGUAAAACUCAACUGCGUAAAAAGUUUUCUGGUUCUCUGCGCAUAAAGGAGGACUUGAACAAAUCAGCAAAGGGUUCAAUACAAACAACACUAACCCGUUCAAACAGCCUUUCAACACCCAGGCCAACCAGAGCAUCCCUGCUGCGCCGUGCUCGCCUUGGAGAUGCUUCAGAUAAUGAGAGUGCUGAUGUGGACAAAGUUUCCUUGGCUUCAGAACUGUCCACGACAAGCUCUACAUCUUCAAAACAACCAGCUGAUAAAAAACUGUCACGGCUUGAUAUGCUGGCUUUGCCCCGGAAACGCACAGGCUCACUCACUGUAAAUAGUGACACGGAAACUUCGGUGCUGAGGAGCAGUUUUAGUGCAAGAAGCGUUGAUGUAACUGCUACUAGUCGCAAGUCCAUCAGUGCUGAUGCUAAAGCAGCAGCUAAGAAAGUUACUGCAAGCACAGCAAAACAAACAAGAGUCCGUGGUAAUGGUACAAAGUCAGUUUCUAACUCAAGAUGGAGACAGCAAACAUCAGAUUACACUUCUACUUCAGAGGAGGAGUAUAACUCAAAUCACACUUCUCCUAAACACAACCGCUUAAAUGCCUCAACAGCUACCCACAGCAACAGAUCCCAGUCUUCCCAUUCAGGAAGAACAAGACAGAAUAUGAACGAUGUUGAUGAUCCUUAUGAAAACUGGACUACCCACAGUGCAGAAAUUGCAAGACUCAGCCAAGAUCUAGCUAAAGAUCUGGCAAUCCUUGCCAGAGAGAUUCAUGACGUGGCAGGAGAUGGAGAUUCCUUACCACCUACAUCUGCCCUCAGCUCUACAAUUUCAGCCAGGGAAGAGAUUCCAAAGUCAUCAUCAAAGACAUCCCGUAACUCACAGUUGGUGCAGCACAUUCCUGAAGCAAGUCUGAACUUCCAGAAGGUUCCUCCAGAAUCUUCGGGAAUUAGAAAAGAUUUGGAUCAAAAUAUGAAUGAUAGCAAAGAUCCAGAUUCAAAAAGAAGAACCUGGAACAGAGAAGAGGUCAUUCUGGAUAAUCUGAUGUGGAAUUCAGUUUCCCAGCUGUCACAGUUUAUACGAGAAAAUAUGGAACAGACUGCAGCAAAAAUAAAAAUUCUGUUCCAAAAUAAAGACAGAAAUUGGGAAGACAUUGAGGCUAAAAUAAACUCUGAAAAUGAAGUACCAAUUCUCAAAACAUCAAAUAAGGAAAUCUCUUCUAUUUUUAAAGACUUGAGAAGAGUUCAGAAACAAUUAGAUGUAAUCAAUACAAUCAUAGACCCCGAUGGAUCUCUGGAUGCCUUGACUGCUAAUCAAGUGCCACCAAGUUCUGCUUCAGCUAUGAAGAUGAAAGAAAGGACUGUUAAUACAAUGAUCUCCUCAAAAGAUUUGCCUAAAUCACCAACGCAGAUACCGAUGGUAUACACCCAGCAGGGCUCCAAACCACCUCAGAUGUCAUCUGACCCGGACAGCAUUGACUCUGACACUGAGUGUAAUACUCAGUAUACCAUGGUAGAGCCAAAUAUGGAAGAUGCCAUUACAAUGCUUUGAAAGAGCAUGUUUUGUCUUGGCCAUUAUUGCGCCAGUGUGUAUUGUCAUUGUUGCAAUGUGAGGGUGAUUGUGGGAAAAAACUGUAUAAAAUAAUAUUGUGACUGAUAUAUUGCACAGAAAGAGCUUUUUGGAAAAAAAAUGGAAAUUAGCAAAAAAAAACUUAGCUAGGCUGCAAAACACUGUGGCAAUGUAAAUUCAGCAUACGUGCAAAAUGGAAUGUGACUGAAGUCGAAAACAUUUGAGUUCUUGACUAAGGCGUGCCAUUUGAAUACUACAGUAUAACUGCUGUGCACUGAAGAACAUUCUAGUUCCACAAGUUCCGUUUUGCAUGUCAAGUUCAGCACAAACUUAAUGAUUGAACAAUGGCUCCAUAUUUAGCAAGUUACUACAUUCUUAGUAUUCUUUUGCUUUUUAUAACAUGAUAUAAUAUGGACAGACUGAUAUUUAACACAGUGGUGUUUUCAAUAUUGGUUAAUCAUUUUGUGAGGGAGAAAUCAAUCAUUGUGCUCUAACCUAAUCUUUAUUUUCUUGUAAACACGUAAUAGUUAAAUAGCUGUAUUCAGAUCAAGUAUGUGGUAUAAUUUCGUCACAUCAGUACUAUGCAUGAAUACAUAAGGUUUUUCUAAUCCUUGAUAAUGUUGAGCAGCCUUUAAUUUUGUGGGAGGAAACCCAUACACAUCACCUCAAUAACACGACAGUUCUAAAGCUUCCAGACAGUUUUCUAAUUUAAAUUAUAACCAAUUCAAACUAACACAACCUCCUCAGCCAGUAAAUUCUGCAAGAGCAAAUUGGGACUUUCCAACCAGAAAAUAGUAACGCACAAACAUAACUUAUACUUUAAAAUGUUAUGGUUUAGCUAGGAAAGCAUUGCAUUUGGAACUGUUUUCAGUUAUAUGUGCUUCAGCUGAGUUUUUUUUUCUCAAGCUGUUCUUUUAACAUGCUUACUUUUGCCUUUCAUAUUAUCCUCUUUUCAGCUGGGAGUGCACACACCCAUCCAUGAACUUCCCCAUAAUUAUAGCUAAUUCCACCAGCGCAUGGCAUGCCUUCUCUACUGAUCUAACAUGCCAAUGACCACAGAACUCUUUCAUAGGGAAGAAUUUGCCUUUGUGAUAUUUGUGGUUCAGAUAGCUUGCAUGAAGGUUUAGAAUAGUAAUAUUAGAGCUGUCAAAGAGUCAGAUAAGGUAAAUGACUAAAAAUGAUGCUGAUUUUUGGAGAAGUUACAUUAAUAUUUAAAAAAUAUUUCUCCUUUAUUGACAGAAGCAUUAAUGAUGCCUAUGGUUGUGCUGCUGAGCUUCAGAAACUUAGUGCACAAGCUCUAGAGCUGAUAAACCAAGCAAAAAUCAUUAAAAUUGAAAAUACCAUAAACGGUACAAAUAUGAAACAUGCACAGGACAAAGGCAUUAAAAUAUUAAUUCAGUACAAAUAUCCUUAUAUGCCGCACUGUACUACCAAUAUAUUGCAUAAAUAACAGCAACAAUGUUCUGUGAUAACUGGAAUGAUAAAAAUGAUAAAGUAGCACAUCCCCAUCUUUGUAAUUGUGCUACUUAUUUCAGAGACUUGGUUUUUAAGAAGUUUGACCUCCUUACUGAAGAUUAACCCAUCUAACACAAAACCAAAACCAAAGAUCUUAGCUUUUCACCUACAUUUUCUUUGAAUUCACUCUUUCGCAUCAGUUGGUUUAAUACAACUUCCAAAGGUUUAUGGAUCAGUUCUCACAAUAAUUAGCCGCCUUCAUUUUAUCAUUUCCUAAGAUGUUAGUUAAUGAACAAAUGACAGUGUGAGGCUACCUAUUGUACACAACAAAAUGGAUGAGUAUAAUUGUGGCAUCUGUAUACUAACUGCCCAUUAUGCCAUUGGCGUUUAGGGCAGCAAUGAAGAUCCUCCAUUUCUGUUUGUCCUUGGCCAUCUUUUGGUCUUGCCAGUGUUCAGGGCAUCCUUCAUGAUACCAAUAGCUUCCCCUCAGUUUUCACUGCGUAUGCAAGUCCCAGGUGUAGACUCAGGAACACCGUCGCACACAGAUUUAGAAAGAUUCUUCAUUGCUGUUUCUGUAACAAUUGUGUCUGACCGGUCAGAGUUGUUAGACCAGAGAUGAACCCCCCAAAAUUAGAGGACUGGUGGACUGCUCUUUGUCUGGCCUCCACACUUUGACCUGUUUGGCAUGGGUCCCGACCAAGAGCCCUGACUCCAGCCAACAUAGCUCUCCAGGUCACUGAGGCACACAACCUUCCAAACCACAAGGUUGCGACCUUCUUAGAAGGGUAUCUGUAUACUUUGUCAGUUAUGUGCAUGUGACUGCCUGUUCCUGUUUCUAAGCUGCAUAUGUUGUUUCAGCGUAUGUUUAACUACUCGCCAUAAAAACAAUAAGCUGGUGGCAUGGCAGCAAACAAUUAACAAUGACUAAUGUUUAAUGUGCACAGCACCUAUGAUGUCAAAUCCCCUGCAUUUCUUCCUGGAGUUCAGCUUUUGGUCUGCAUCCACCUUUUAUGUAGUGUGUACUGUAGGUAUCUGUGUGAGAAUUUGAAUACAAGAUUUACUUUCUUUUGUUUGUGGAGUUGACUAGUAAUUGUCUUCCACUUGCAGAUUAUAAUUUUAAAUGGUUAAAGAACAGUGAAGCUAUAUUAUCCAAACUUCAGUUCCUUUUCUAUUUAUUUGCUGCAAAUAAUUCUGUUUUUAGAAAGGAAGUAUGCUUCAGCCUUUAGGUUUAGUCCUGAUUUGACUGAUUGCUCUCAGCAAGUACACUGGUCUUAUGGGGGAAAAAUAUUGUCACCUCUUUUCACUGAAAAUUAAAUCAAUAGCAGAAUUACAGGUCUCUUACAGCAGUACAUGAACAUUUUAUUGUAUGUUGCUUAAGUAGUGGCUCUUGUAUGUUCAUAAGUUAAAUUUUAUGGGGACUUUGCUAUUUUAAUUGUUGACAAAUAACAAAUUUUGCCAAGCAGUUUGAAAGAUUCUGAAUUAGAAGCUGAUAUCUUAAAUGAUUAGUUAAUUUAAUAAUCAGACGUAGUAUGCUUACACUAAAUUUUUGUAAAUGUAGAAAUAUGUAAUUCCUUCAAUAUUGUUGUACACUGUUCAUAAGUAAUGUCCUGUGCUAAAAUGUCUUAAGCACUUGUUGCUAGCCUGCUGAAACUGUACUUUUUCUUGAGUGGCACAUUUAUUAUUUUACUUGUAACAAACUCUAUUUAAAUGAGAAAUACCAACUGUGCAGUUUUGAUUUCUAACUGGAUCAUGCCAAUUUUGGAAUAUUGUAUUUCUGUACACACUCCAGCUUUCCAUUUGUUGUAUAUUUCACUUUUGCACAAUUGUAUAAAGCUGAAUAUACUCGGCUUUCUUCCAUUUUUGGCCAGUUUCAAAGGAGUAAUUUAUUUUGUUGCCUUAUAAUGAAUAUCAUGUGUAAAUUUUGUUGAAAUGAAAGCAUUUGAUUGUUAAAUUGUUUUGCACAGUAGUAUAACUUUUAAAUUCUAUUUAAUUUUUCCAUAGAAUGUAACUACAAUAAACCAUUCUACAUAGUGAAAUGUU